AGAUUGAAGCGCAGGAAAAAUAGCAUUUGAAACCAUGUGAUCGUAAACUUGAUUAAAAACGACUUUUUCAGUCAACUUGGAUACGUAUUGUAAGUUACUAACUGGUCUGUAAUUUUUGUACAGCAAAUCCAAUCCAGGUUUCUUCAAGAUAGGAUUAAUAAGCGCACAUUUCCAAUCAUCCGCAAAUUCUCCAGAAUUAAGAGACAGGUUGAUCAUUUUAGUAAUGACUGGUAAUAGCACAUCAGCACAGCUGAUUACCAUAGGUGUUGGCAUUGGAUCAAACAUACAGCUUUUCUUCGGAGAGCAGCCAAUCAACUUACUAACUGCACUUUCAGUUAAAGGGAUAAAGCUGUCCAGUGUUCUAGUUGGUAACGUUUUCACAUAGUCCAAAUGAGAAUCAUGCAAACAAUCGGCUAGUCUGUCCAGUUUGACAUAGAUGGCGUCAAUCUUUUCAACAAAGAAGCUACCCAUUUCAUUGGCUAAAACCAGCUUGUCACUAGUUGGUGGAAAAGGUACUCCAUGACCUUGAUUUAGCAACUUCUUUGUUGCCGAGAAUAGGUUCCUUUGAUUGGAGUUAUUUUCAACAAUAAAGUCUGAGUAAAACUUACGACGGGCUUAUUAGGGUCAAAUUUAGAAAACAUAUUAUGUUAUGGUGUUUGAUAUUUCAUUCGGCCGAACUACAGAAUUAUGUUCCAGCGUUGCAUGGAAUUAUGUUCGGCUCUUUUAACUUCAAUAAAAAAUGCAAUAAACUAUGUUCGGCUCUUUUAGAAUUGUGUUGGGCGUAUUUCACUUAUAACUAGGCUGGCAGUUUUUUUGAGUUUAGUCCAAUUUUGUUCGGCUCCUCCGAAUUACGUUCGGAACGCGGCUUCUCGAAUUAUGUUCGGCAAGUAGACUGGUAGCCUCGCGAUAAGAAAUUCACGAGGAGUCCCGGGGCGAGAAACAUUUCCCGCGCUCUCUAUAAUUUAUUCUAAUUAUUACCAGUGUUCGUGUACUGUUCUGUCAAACAUGGCGGACGAGUCGAUUUCUGUAGAAUUAAGCAGACAUGUAACUGAUAUCAUAAGUUUUCUUCAACGAAGUACUGGUCAGAAUGAUGUAAUACAAUUCCGCCUCGACUGGUUAUACAAUGCUGUUGUACGUUAUUGUGACAAUAUCCCUUCUGGGGAGGCAGUACUGGCCCUUAUUCAAGAAGCGAAAGAACUGCUAAGAGAAAAUGAGAAUGGUAGUUGUAGUGAGAACGUCGCGUUUCAAGCAGAGGUUGCUACUUCUGGCGAGCGAGGAAGACCACGCAUUAUCAUUGCAAAGGAUCAGCUCGAGUUUUUAUUAGAUUUGGGGCUUAAAUCCGGAGAGAUUGCAUCUCUGCUUGGUGUCAGUGAAAGCACUGUGAAACGAAGAAUUCGUGAGUAUGAAACAUUUGUGCGGCAAAGAUAUUCAAAUAUUACUGAUGAAACUUUGGAUGGCCUUGUUGAAGAAUUAAUGAGAGAAUUUCCCAAUUGUGGCUACAAGAGGAUGACAGGCCUCUUGCUCAAUUCAGGUCAUAGAAUCCAGCAAAAUCGCAUCAGGGAGUGUAUGAGAAGAGUCAAUCCCAGGGGCGUCCUCCUGGGAGUCCUUGAGCUGCGAACUGUUCGCCGGAGAAGAUAUCAAGUUAGAAAAAGUUUAAUUGCUUUAGCACUUUUGCAUUCGUUUGGAUUUUCUUGGUUUUCGUCGCGAUCGCCUCUUCCACGUUUGUUGUCCGCCAUGUUCGACAGAUCAGUACACGAACACUGGUAAUAAUUAGAAUAAAUUAUAGAGAGCGCGGGAAAUGUUUCUCGCCCCGGGACUCCUCGUGAGUUUCUUAUCGCGAGGCUACCAGUCUACUUGCCGAACAUAAUUCGAGAAGCCGCGUUCCGAACGUAAUUCGGAGGAGCCGAACAAAAUUGGACUAAACUCAAAAAAACUGCCAGCCUAGUUAUAAGUGAAAUACGCCCAACACAAUUCUAAAAGAGCCGAACAUAGUUUAUUGCAUUUUUUAUUGAAGUUAAAAGAGCCGAACAUAAUUCCAUGCACCGCUGGAACAUAAUUCUGUAGUUCGGCCGAAUGAAAUAUCAAACACCAUAACAUAAUUUGUUUUCUAAAUUUGACCCUAAUAACGCUCCAUAAUCGAGGAGGGUGUACGGCCGAGGCGGAUAACACCCUCCGAGAUCUCCAUAAUUCUUCAUAUGAUCCGAAAGCCGAAUUCAAACUGUUUUAUUAUUCAUUCAAAAUAAUUCCUAGUUUAAAAACAUAGCUAAAACAUGCUUACCUCCAUCGAUCCAUCGAUGUUCAGUUCAUCUUCGAUAGUGUACGUUUAGGUUUGUCCAGCUCCGCAAAUAUUCUCCAAAUAGCAGAUGUCGCCCCUCGAGUUGUCUUCUUGCUGUUCUUGCCAUGUUUUUAGCUAUAAUUUCGCCUAGUUCUUACUCUUGAAACGAGUGAAAUGUCCGCCAUUUUUUCAAGUUCACAACCAAAACAACUCAACCUUGUCCCCAGGUCUUCUCGGUUAACGGUGCCUUAACCUGCGAAAACGCUGCAUUUUUGACGUCAUUUCCUCGUUAAAGUCAAAAUUCUUCCAAAUUUGGUCAUCAGUAACUGGUUAUGGUGAAUUAAACGUGUGUUUUUAGCCAAUCAGAAUCGGGGAAAUAUUUUGAAUGAAUAAUAAAAGCAGUUAUUGAAUUCAGCUUUCGUAUGACCUGCAUAUUUCCUCAGAUCAUACGAAUGCCGAAUCCAAUAAUUGUUUUGUUAUUGAUUCAAAAUAAUUUACACUUUUAAACUUUAUUACCUCGAUGAAUGUUAAGUUCGCGUCUUCAUUUCUCUCUUCUUUGGCAAACUCAGAGUGUAAAGGGAUGGUUUGUUUAGCAGAGAUUCUCCAAAUGACAGUUGUCAUCCGUUGAGUUAUAUUUUGGCUGUCUUCUAUGUUUAGCAAUUCCUUCUUGACGGUCAUUUCAACAAAACGUGCAAAAUUUUCCGCCAUUUUCUCCAGCUCUACCUAAACAACUGAUCUGAGCCGUCCAAACUCCAAAUUUUAAUAGAAAAAUAAUUCAAUGAACAAAAACACAGCAACGAAAAAAUAUAUAUUUAAAUCAUAACCAGUUCAACGAUGUCUUCUUUAAUUCUUCUUGACUGUAAUUUAUGCAAAUUGGCUGCCCAUAACUCUUAUGGGUUUCUUAAAUAAUACUUUUUGACCUUUUCAGUGAACUUGAUAACAAUUGGUUCCACCUUGACAAUCGGGUUCCACCGUGACAGUCGUUUUCUUUAUUUUUCUUUCUAGCAGCUAUUAUCCCGCGAAGUUUCCCAGGAGCAAAACACGAAAGAAUCUUCUAGUUUGUUUGAUGAUUACGAUUUUCUCAUCAUUCUUCUUGUUUUGUUUGCUGUUCUUGUAAGCGGUGGCCUCCUGUGGGAAUAUUUUUACUAUAAGCCUAAAAUGGAGCGUAUAAACAAAGUCAAUGGUGAGUACAUGAAGCUUCCGUGAGUAUGCUCAGCCGGUGGAGAAAAACAGAACGUUCCAAAUCGCUUUGUUAAUCUUUUGGUGUUAAUGAAGACUGAUGACAGUUUUAAAAUAAAAUUUAAGAAAUUUUAAUGACUAAACAUAACUGCUACAGCAAUAACAGUUCGUCUUAAAUAAUGAUGAAAUCCUUGAUAAUUUUUUUUUAUUUCUCCAAGAACUGUCCAAGUUCUAAUGCUUGCCAGAAAAGGUGCUUGAAUUUAAGAUCUCAGGAAUGGAACGGAUGCCAGGUCAAAUGACCAAGCUGUUUCGGCUAUCCGGUAACACACGAGUGUUGAACUCGAUGGUGUGGCUUGUUAUGCCGUGAUCGAAAACAGAAGAAAUGGGAGGAGGAGGGAAAAGGGAAAAAUGCUAUUUAAGGGGCUUGUUUUACUGUGGUUUUAAAAUUUUAUAAGAACUUAUUAUCUUCUUUUUUCGUUUUGCAUGACAAAAAGAUGAAUAUGAAAUGCAAGAAGAAGAAAAGGAUUCGGACAAGGCAGUUCUCUUAAAAAACGAAGUAGAAGAACUGUGCGAAGAAUGCAGAGCUAAAGUAGAACACAUUGUCAAGGAAAAGGGAAAACAGAGACUACAGGAUCUUCAGACAGUAGUCAGUCCAUUUGAUGGCUUCGCUAUCAUAGGAAAUCAGUUAAGCUCUAUUCCUGGUGUUUCCUCCAUCAGGAAGAUUGGUUCAGAGCUGCCUAAUAAUGUGCAAAAUUUGACGCGCUUAGGAAAGAGGAACAGACAAGAUAAACUUCAACCAACAUGA